AUGCUGCCGCGGCGAAUCCUCCUGUCCCGGUUCGCGCCCUGGUGGCCAGCGGUGGCCGUUCUGAUCUUGGCCAUCCUCAUCCUGAUCUGUCACGUCUCGGCCGUGCUUGGCGGGAAGUGCGACCGGGAGCAGGACGGGAGGGUGGAGCGGGCCUAUGCCACCGAGAUCAGCCUGACGACCGAAACGCCGCCUGAGAGCUACAUCUGGACGUUGGGCGUCAUUUUCACCUGGACCAUUUUCCUUUGCCCUGUGGCGGGGCUGCUGCACGAAGUCCUCUGGCAGCGGAAGCUCAGCUACCUCAUGGCCGUGCCCGCCCUCCUGGUGCUGGGCACCCUGUGCCUGACGGGCCUGGCCACGAUCACGAAUCGGGGAACAUUGCUCGAGACGCAGAAUCAGAUCCUCGGUCAAGGUUACAGUUAA